AUGAACAACCGCAUCUCUCCCAAAUAUAGCGUGGCCAUCGUAGAGUUUCCGUCAGGUGCACGACGCGCAGGCGGCGAGUACGGAGAUAAACACCACAUCUCUCCUGGGUAUAGUCGGGUCAUCGCGACCGUCAUCACCGGCACACCAUCCAAGGACUCGUUAAGAGCUCGGCGGCCACGAUCACGUCUAGAGGAGUCCAAGGACUUUACAGCUCGCGGGAUACAAAAAGCAGCUCUCCUCCGGCUCGAGAUUGCGUUGAAGGGGCUCCAGCAUCACAUAGCUUACACUAUGUCAACCUUUACUCCCAGAGAUCCAAACUCAGCCGAGAAAAGAAUCUGCGAAAGGUUCUGGAAGCACCUGAAGACAACUCCCUGGAAAGUCUUCGGCGAGAAGGGCGAGCAUCAAAACUGUUUCGGCUGGGCGCUACAGGUGAAUGAUUGGAUAGAAGACCUUGACAACGAAGACGACGGGCUGAACGAGGCCUUUGUCUACAAGACAUUGAAGGAGCACGGCUUCGCCAAGGUUGAGGGCAAUACUGCACCUGCCGUUGGGGAAGUGAUCGCGGUCUAUAGGAAGGGCCCCGAGAUCGUCCACUUUACCCGCAUCGUCGACAGCAAGAGCUCGAGCAAGCUUGGUGAUCUCUGGUUGAUCUCUCACGAGGCUCAAGCCUUGUACGAGGGUACCGGAGACGGUGAUUACGGAAUCAUCGCCGAGUAUUGGAAGAAGGGAGGAGCUUCUCAGACCCUUUCCGUCAUGGAGCACGACUCGGGGCUCACAGAGGACGAGUUGGUGUUGGUCCAGGAUCAUGCCAAGCAGGCCCGCCAGUCUGUCGCCCCUCCCAAGAAGACACCCCCGAAGACAACUCCGCCUAAGACAACUCCCCCAAAGACCACCCCGCCAAAGACGACUCCCCCGUCCAAAAAGCCCGACAACAAGCUCGCGGCAGAGUUCGACGAGGCCUUUGCCGCCUGGCUCACGGCGGUCGAGGAGAGCCCGAGCUCUAAGACGUCAGCCUGGCUCAAGGUCCCUGCGUACGCCAACCUUAAGAAGCUCGGCGCCGGAAUCGUGCCGCUGCUUACCGACAAGCUGGCCAAGGGCGAGCUGCAUGCCGCACCCGCGCUACGCGACAUUGACCGGGCCAAGCUACACGGCAAAGUCAAGGGCUCGUCGCUACGACAACUAGCGGCCGGGAUCCUGAAGCUCGAGGCCGCCCACGCGAGUGCGACCAAGAACACCAUCGCGGCGUUUGCCGAGCGCAAGGACGAGCUGAAGCUGUCCACGCCUGGCGAGACCUCCUUCGCCGCCGCUUCUGCCGCCGUCGCCUCUGAGGAAGCCCAGCAAAAAGCCCUCGCGGACCCGCUCUUCGAAGCCGUCGUCGCACACGGCCACGCGGCCGUGCCAGAGAUCCUCUCCCGUCUAGAACACGAGCGUGAGCAUGACCCCCAUGGCCACGGACACGACGUAUGGCUCGAGGUACUAGCGCGGAUCCACGCCGCCGAAGCGCACGAAGACCAUGACGAUCAGACUGAGGUGCAAGAAUUUGAGACGUGGCUGGACAAGUAUGUGCGUGAGGAGGAGGAGGAGCAUCAUGAGGCUGGGCAUGCUGAGGAGUAA